UCGGUUUGAUAUUAACAGUAGGUAACAGUCCUAAUCAAGACUUUUCCUGCCAAACCGCCAUAGAGUUGACAGAGCUGCAAACUGCUGUGGGCAAUUCAAUAUAGGGCUGUGAGAAACAAGCCACAGACGGAGAGAGAGCGAGAGGAGCCUAUAUCAGGAAUUGAAGGAAACUCUUUUGGAAGCAUAUCUUUACAAGAAUCCUGCUUUGGCUGCACAGUUUGGAAACACAGAGUUAGGGAACAAACACAAGGAAACCUCUGGGUAUAAUGCGUCAAUUCCGUGCGUGUUGGUCUUGUGGAGGACUUGCUGCAAUCUUUCUUGUUGCACAAAUCCUGUUUAUUCUGUACUGGCACCAAAGAGAAGCAAAACAAACCUGGCAUGCUGUUCAGAUAAGUCAUCGGUCCAGCUCUCGUGAGAAAGUCCGUUUUACAGAUAAACCCGCUACCUUGUUAGAGAUCCAAAUGCAGCGGAAACAGAAGCUUCUUGCUGCUUGCGCAGAUCCCAACUUUACCUUCCCGGGAAAAAAUUGGGAUUACGAUGAAAUUCCGAAGAGAGAGUUUGGUAGCUUCAUUGCGAUUGACAAUGUUAAACUGGUGUAUUGCGCUGUACCCAAAGUUGCCUGCAGCAACUGGAAGCGGGUCCUGGCGAUUGUCAGCAACAGCACCGUGUACAAAGACUUGGCACACCUUCCACCUGGCAUCGAACAUGGCCUCUUUGACAAAUGGAAGAGCGAUAAAGAUCUCAAAACGUUUGUGCAGCUUCGCCUGGAUACUCACAAGACCUUUAUUUUUGUCCGUCAUCCCUUUGUGCGGCUCAUUUCCUUGUUCCGAAAUAAGUUUGAGUCACCAAACUCGUAUGUCUUCCAUCAUGUUGCCAGAAUGCUCAGGUUGUAUGGCAAUGUCUCCAACAUCCCCGAAAACAGUAAGAAACUGUUUGAGAUGGGAAUCAAACCGACUUUCACCCACUUCAUUCAGUAUCUUUUGGACCCAAAAAAUGAGAAAGGAUUUUUUAAUAUCCACUGGCGCCAGGUCUAUCAAAUCUGCCACCCCUGCCAGAUAGACUAUGACUUCAUUGGGAAAAUUGAGACCAUGGACAAGGACAUCACGUAUUUAAUGAACCUUCUCAACCUCAAGGUUGCUUUUCAGUUUCCGUCAAAAUAUCAGAGUGCGACAACCAAUAACCUCUUAAGGAAAUAUUUCGGAGACGUUCCGAUCAAUCUGAUCGAAAAGCUCUAUAAACUGUACGAACCUGACUUUGUGCUUUUCGGCUACUCCAGACCGCAAUUUCUGUACGACGAAGCAAAGUAGCAAAACAAACCUGUAUCCGUAAUCAUUGAUGGCUUUGACACUAAGAUCUAUUUCAUUUCACUGUACUCACUCCCUUUGUCGGUUCAGAAUUGUAGCUUUGUUAACCCUUGUAUUGCUGGCCUGUGUAUUCCAGUCUCCCUGAGCUGAUCAAUUUACUGCUGCUUUAAUGUGAUUCUGAAAUAUGUUACAUUGCUAAAUCUCCUCCAAUUCUACAAAAGCUUUAGUGUGGCAGUUUCAUUAAAAUAAAUGAAAUAAACGACAA